CUUUCAUUUGUUUGUUUUUAACUUUAAAAAAAAAUAAACCCCUUUUCUCUUCUUUCAGCAGUUCAUGGAGACUUCUAUCGAAUGUACAUGUAUUACAUGUCUGUGGUUCGCCUAGGCGCAGUUCGAAGCAGCAAAACAGAGAUCUCGUCGACACCAGAGAGGAAGAGGGUCCUGCGUCCUAUUCAUACUCGACGUGUCUGAAAGCAUGAGAGGAACAGCUUUCAGGGAAAUGAAGACAGCGGUCAUGGACAUUCUGGAUGAGUUUCUACAGCAUAGACCACGCCUUGAUGAAAAUGUUUCUGUAAUAGUCUGUGGACAGGAAACUAAAUUUCUUCACUAUUACUCAAACCAAUAUGCUGAAAUUAAACAGAGCAUAGAUGAACUGGAAUGUUCCGGACCAUCUCCCUUGACUGCUGCCUUCCUGUUAGCUCUUGGUGGACUAGUCGGAGGAGCAGCUUACAGCUUGCAUGUUGGAGACUUCAUUUUGCAUCCCAGAGUAGUCGUUUUCACUGACGGCAAACCAACGGACUUUAGGAACUUAAACGCCUUUGACAGCGAGGCGGAUUUAACACCCAAUGAUGGUCAAAUAGCAACCCUCUGUUCACAUACCUAUCGAAUAGGAGUACAGCAUCCGAUUUUCUGCUUUCCAGUCGGAGAAAACCCCAAUUACGAUUUAUUGCACACAAUAUCGUCGCUGUCUAAUGGAGGAAAGGUUUUGGAGAUUAGUAAAGCAAAGUGUUUUGGACGUUACAUUAUCCAUCAUGUAGCAGCGGAUUGUAUUUCAAAGGCAGGAAAUGAGAAAAUGAUUGAAAGACAAAACUUGAGAUUUGUCGUUGAGCUCGUAAUUCCUACUGAGACAUAUGAUGAGGACGAUUUGGAUAUCAUAUACGAGUUGAUACAAAAUAGAGAAAGAAUUCUCAUAACUCAAAAUAAAAUGGAUGAAGACGCAGAUGAGUUCGUUUUUAAAGAAAAAUAUUCUACUGUUCCCAGUCUUGGUACAAGAGUUUGCCGUGGUCCUCACUGGAGAUUUCAGAACCAGGACAACAGGGGAAAUGGAACUAUAGUUGGACACGGGGAUACAGCUGGUGUUGUUCUUGUGGAAUGGGAUACUGGGGAGCGGUUUGUCUACAACUACGGAAUAAACGAAGUAUAUGAUAUUGUGGUUUGUGAGGAACCAAGAACUUCUAUUGAUGGUUUUGUUGCUGUUGGGUGUUUUGUAAAGAGGGGCCCUGACUGGAAAUGGGAAGAACAGGAUGGCGGGAAGGGUUCUGUAGGAACAGCUUACCGAGUGAUGGAUAACGACAGCGUUUACGUUCGAUGGCCCUGUGGACGAAUGGGUAACUACAGAUUCGGAUACGACGGAAAAUACGACAUUGAAGUUUGCGACCCGUUUUCCCCGGACGUGAAGAAAGCUGUAACAGAACAACGGCGUACAUCAGGCAUGUCUGAUUCACUCCAUGGCCUUCCUUCAACUGAUUUAAAGGGUGAUUGUGCUGCGAAAGGAUCACACUACAAUAAACCCAAUGAAAGACAUGAAAAUAAAGAUGAUACGGAAACUUCAGCAUGUAUUACUGAAAAAUCAGACCUUUGUUCAAACGAUGUCAUGUUACAUAAUGAAGCUAGAGUUGAUUCAACUGAAACCAAAAAUUUCUACAGAUCUAAAUUAAACAUACGAACGGGCCAAGCAGCGAGUACUGUUAGGACAAAUGCGAUUGACUCUAGUUCGGAACCCCGUUUUCCUAUGGAAGUUGAUGACUUACAAACUGAUUAUAUACGCAAUCUUAGUCCAAACAAUGCUUUACAGACUGGAGAAGUGGAGCGUUCUGUGGAUAUUACAAAACCCGUUAGUCCAAAUGAAUUUCAAAACACAUUGCAUGUUAUACAAAACAAUGCCACUGGAGCAAAGAAAUAG